ACCCAUUCCUAUAUCGCGGUUAAGUGUUGCAAACUACAAAAACCAGAAGGGUUCUUGUGAAAUAUAAAUGUUUUGAAAUUUAAAGUGAAAAAUUUUAUUGAAAAUGAGUUCCUUGGAAGAAAACAGCGUGGAUACAACAGCAGAGGCAGACAGCGGAUUGGAAGCAGAAAAUGGCAUCAAAAGAAAAUCUCCUGAGGAAGCUUCGAACAAUUGCGACGCAAAUGGUGAUGUUGAAAACAGCCCAAGCAAGCGCUUAAAAUCGGAUGAACCAACGCCAUCUAUCAAAACCGAACCAAAUCCUGAUACUCCCGUUAGCGUUAAAGCAGAGCCAGUUGAUGAGGACACAGAAGAGGCUGAACCCGCUGUUGAAGCCACCACAAGUGAUCCACUGAUUCAGGUUAAAGCAGAGCCUGCAGCUAAUGGAGACUUACCUGCAGCGCGGGUGGUUAAAACGGAACCGACCCGUUCUAAUGAAGUGGCGACAGCUGAUUCUUCGGUCUCAUCGAGCAGCACUAGAAUUUCUUGUCGUUUUGGUAUCCGUUGUUACAGGCGAAAUCCAGUACACCGGAGUGCAGAAGCUCACCCGGGUGAUUCGGACUAUCGCCGACCCGACUUUCCAGAACCCCCCUUAGGAACUCCUGCUUGUCCUUUCGGCAACGCCUGUUAUCGACGCAAUCCUGUUCAUUUUCAAGAGCACUCUCACCCCGCGGAUUUCAAUUCCGCGCAGAACAUUCGGAAUCGUUUGCGUCAGCGACAGAAUCGUCAGACACCUGAUGAUGACGAGGACUUUGGGUCGGAUGAGGAGGAGGAUCCUUUUGGAGGUGACAAUGACAACGACGCUGACUAUCGUCCAGGCGCAGAUAUUGACGAAGAUGAGGAUGAUGAGCUAGAAUUUGAAAGCCAGCGCAUAAACAAUGAUGAAUACGAUUAGAAUUAUACAUUAACUUUAUUUGUAAACAUAGUAUUUAAGUUCAAUUUUCCAAAUAAUGGGUUUAAUAUAUGUAUAUGUUUCUUUGUUGAAAACUUA